ACCGAAAGAGGCUACUGACAAGCUAGCAGGGCUAGCAUGACCAUAGUGGUACCGGGGGAAGGUCGCCAGUAGGACAGCAGCAUCCUCUCCAAUCCUUUGAUCUACCUGUCAAUUAUUCUCCUGACAACAUCGUACAAACAGGCGAAGGCACACUUUUUUUUUUAAUUCUGUGGCUUUUAAGAAAUUCCUUAGCUAGCUAACCAUUUAGCGAGCUAGCUUCAAGUUCCGUCAGUGUCUUCAUUUCCAUCGGAACAUCUACAGUCAUGGCUGCGCUGAGAGUGUCCUAUCACAGGAUUUUGGACAGGAUCGAGCACAUGCUGCCCGCCAAACUGAGACCUCUGUACAACCACCCGGCAGGUCCAAAAACAGUUUUCUUCUGGGCCCCAGUGUUUAAAUGGGGUCUGGUUGUCGCUGGUUUGGCUGAUAUGACUCGACCAGCAGAAAAACUCAGUACCUCCCAGUCUGCAGUGCUGACAGCCACAGGCCUGAUCUGGUCCAGAUACUCGUUGGUCAUAAUCCCGAAGAACUGGAACCUGUUUUGCGUCAACUUCUUUGUGGGCAGCGCAGGAGCCUCUCAGCUCUACAGGAUCUGGAGGUACAAUCAGGAUUUGAAGGCCCAGGCCAAAGAGACUGCAGAGUCCUGAGUGCUUCUCUGUUGCCAACCCUCCACUGCAGUGGACUGAAAGGGAGACUACACACCGGGCACAAACCUGCCCCUCCUCAUCAUCUCCACACCAUCCCAUGUGUCUCCAUAACAUCCAUGCCAUAACCAUUAUUCUACCACAUUAAGCCUGCUGUCCCUGUUGGAAAUGCGCAUUUUUCCUCAAGAUUCAAAUUUCCUCAGGGCGUUAACAGAAAAAGAAAAAAACAACAAAAAAUAAAAACACGUUUUUUAACUGUAGUCAACACACACUCAAGAA